CUGUUUUAAGGUUUGGACGCGUGCCCGACGCGCCGCGACGCCUCUUAGUUCUCAGCGCAUGUGAGUGGGAUCUGCGGUGGCUCCCCCCUCGCGCACUGGACGCUCGCCUCUCGCGUAGGCUUUGGCGUGGAGCUCGUGCAGGACUGGCUGCGCUCAGCGCCACUUCCGGCUUCCGUCAUUUCAUUCUCCCGCCGAUGCGCGCGGCUCAACUCUCUGCGUUCUAUAAGCGAGCGAGCGGCCGACCUGCCAGCACUCACUGACACUCACUCAUCUCAGACCGCGCCAGAGACCGCCGCGCUUUCCACAAACUCUCCUCUUUUCCGUUUGUUACUGUAGUAAUAAAACAAGAAAGCGGACCGGAGGCAUAAAGGAGACAGGGACUUGUGGGAUGAAAACGGGGCUAAAAAGAUUCCUCCUCUCUUGAACAUCAUCUCCAGCCAUCAUUCAUUCAUUACCGUGACAACCUCUGGCUUUGAUUGACAGCUGGAGUGGCAAAAAGCCAUGAGACGCGACAGUUUAGUUACGCGCAGGUUGUUGAUGGGCCGGCUGUAACCUUCAGUUUGGCGCUCGACUUUUUUUUCUUUCUUUUCUGGGGGGGCAAAAAGGAAAAGAAGACUAAUUGCAAAACUCUUCCUGAUGCCUGCGCUCGUUCUCAGCCGUAGUACUGGAGAAUAGGAGAAUUCGGCAAGUUGCUUGAAAAAGGGGAUCUUUCGCGGCGCGUGAGUUUGUGAGCGGACUGGGAAAUUCAAUCUACGACACAGAUCCAGAGGUUUAUUGGAGCGCAGGCUGAUGGCGCAAAGGUACGAUGAGUUGGCUCAUUACGGCGGCAUGGACGCGGUCGGUAUGUACGGGGAUCCUCACGCGCCCCGGCCGCUGCCGCAGGUCCAUCAUCUGAAUCACGGACCGCCGCUCCACGCCAGCCAGCACUACGGCACACAUGCCCCCCAUCCCAAUGUCAUGCCCACCAGCAUGGGCUCAGCUGUCAACGACGUGUUAAAGAGGGAUAAAGAUCAAAUUUACGGCCAUCCUCUGUUUCCUCUGCUGGCUCUGGUCUUCGAGAAGUGUGAGCUGGCCACAUGCACUCCCCGAGAGCCCGGGGUUGCUGGAGGAGACGUGUGCUCCUCAGACUCCUUCAACGAGGACAUCGCUGUCUUCGCCAAACAGGUCCGCGCAGAAAAACCUUUAUUUUCUUCGAAUCCAGAAUUGGAUAAUUUGAUGAUACAAGCCAUACAAGUAUUACGGUUUCAUCUUUUGGAGUUAGAAAAGGUGCACGAACUCUGCGACAAUUUCUGCCAUCGGUACAUCAGCUGUUUGAAAGGAAAAAUGCCCAUAGAUUUAGUGAUUGAUGACCGGGAUGGCAACUCAAAAUCAGACCACGAGGACAUCUCGGGAUCUUCAACUAACUUAGCCGAUCAUAACCCAGCGUCCUGGAGAGAUCACGAUGAUGCCACGUCCACACACUCGGCCGGCACGCCAGGACCCUCCAGCGGAGGACAUGCAUCACAGAGCGGAGACAACAGCAGCGAACAAGGAGAUGGUUUAGACAACAGCGUGGCCUCACCCGGCACGGGCGACGAUGACGAUCCAGACAAGGACAAAAAGCGACAGAAAAAACGGGGCAUCUUCCCCAAAGUCGCCACCAACAUCAUGCGGGCAUGGCUCUUCCAGCAUCUCACACACCCGUAUCCUUCAGAAGAACAGAAGAAACAGCUCGCUCAAGACACGGGCCUCACCAUCUUACAAGUAAACAACUGGUUCAUUAAUGCCAGAAGAAGAAUAGUGCAGCCCAUGAUUGACCAGUCAAAUCGAGCAGGUUUUCUUCUUGAUCCUUCAGUGAGCCAGGGAGCGGCGUACAGUCCGGAGGGGCAGCCCAUGGGCAGCUUCGUGCUGGACGGACAGCAACACAUGGGCAUCCGGCCGGCAGGUCCUAUGAGUGGCAUGGGCAUGAAUAUGGGCAUGGAUGGCCAGUGGCACUACAUGUAACGGCUGUACAGUAAAGAAAAGGGGGAAGUCUGCGAGGCAUGCCGGGGGAGUUCGUACCUCAACGUGGUCCUGUGGGCAUGAGCAUGGCAUCACCGACCCACCCCCCUCCACCGAAAGCCCCUCGUCUCUUGUGUUUGUCACACCGAGCUCCUCGUCACCCUCCGACCCGUUCGGCCAUGCUAAUGCACGGAGACCCCCCCUCGAGAAGAAAUGACCACGACUCCUCUGACCCCCUGACCACAGCGCUGCUGGACCGGCGUGGGCGUCCACAGCCAAUGACCGAAGGGAACCAACCAAUACCACCACGGAUGAACUGGACAAUAACCCCACGAAAGAUUUUUGAAGGAAAAGAGAAUGCGGUGAAGUAUCCGAAGCUUCACGUGGAAUUUCAGACGAGCUGUGAUCGUUUUUUAUCUUGUGAAUUUUGUUACUUUUGUUGCUGGAGGACCAAGAGCUGACAGAAACACUUUGUAAAGUCUUGGGUGUCUGUUCAAAUCAACAGAGGAUGUUUCAACUUAUUAAAAAUACACACACACACACACACAUCAUGAUAAAGAAAAACAAAAGAAAAAAAAGACAAAGACUCCAAGAGUUCAAACUACUGUAAUAUAAAAGCAUAGAAACUAAAUUAAAUCUUGUACAUUUUUAUCAUCACUCACUUUAUGUUUCAUGAGCUAGUCCUAGAGUAAAUCGUUGGCCUGUUUUUCACACUGUGUGUGCGGAUCCCCAAAGCAGAGGAGCUCGAUCGCGGCAAUAACGGGAGGCCGGUGAAUCCGCCCCGUCACGGACCACAGCACCGACUGAAGCCCGCUCUCUUCACGAGACCCCUCCUCUUUUUCCGUCAUGCAUUUUCCCUUUUUGGUCCAUGAAUGAAUGUUGCCCUGUAGGUGAAGUUCUUUGUUUGAAUUGCCCAAGCACUGGAUUGUGUUGCUUUUAUACGUUUUUGUUUUUAUUAUUAUUAUUAUUAUUAUUAUUAUUAUUAAUUUUGUAUCUCGGACUCUCAGAGUAAGAGCCUUAUGAAGGACGUGUAUCCUUGAGAAAAACCACCGUCCUGCAGCAGUGGGAUCAAU